CACUGGCCCCCAGGACCGAGUUUGGGCACCCCUGGUCUAAUGUUUGGAUAAGAAUUCUCAUGCAGAUUUUACCAGGCUGUCGAAUAAAUAAAGUGGGUUAAAACUGAAGGAGGUGCACAUCGUCAAAGGGGAGGGUAAGUCGAGUUGCGGUUCCUCCACAGCGAGAGAGAGAGCGAGCGUGAAGCAAAUUCCCACGGAAGAGUUUCCCAAACUUCUUUCAGUCUCCGGCAAUAAUAUGGACAGACUUGAAUGGAAACAUGCAUAUCCGGCUCCACUUCAUUUAUGGCACAGAAGAUGACACGGUUGUUUCUGAAAUGACAGCUCGUUAGUUCUUUCCAUAAGUGAAAUCAACAUGGGAAAACUGCAAUCGAAACCUGCCUGUAAACGGAGAGAGAAUCCAGAGGGAGAUGUUUUCAAGGAGGCUGACUGUACUGGUGAAGUGAACAGAAACAAGCAGAAUAUGUUGAGCCUGAUGCAAACGAUCUGUGAGGUGGUUGAGGCAUCAGUCAAACAGCUGGUGCUUAGCAAUGCCACAACCCUGCAUGUGAAGCUGAGUGUCACUCCAUUAACUGGCAGAAAAGGCAACAGAAAAGAUCGGGAUGCUGGAAUGUCUCAAAAUGAGCGGGAUCAAAUGGAGGAUGCAGUACAGUGUGCAGAGAUCCUUCAUUCUCAGAUCAGACAACUGAACUUGGAUCACUUGGGUGUUUCGGAGAGGAAGCACUACUCUGUAGAUGAAAACACAGAACCUCCAGAAACAUGUGCUGAGGAGCAGCCUCAGGACGGCUCUUCCUAUAACCAUCAUCGUCGCUCUCAACCUGAGACCUGCAGCCCUGCGGAGUCAUCUGGAAAAUCCAUUCCUUUCCUCAGGUCACUCCGCAACCGCAGCAAGUCUGUCGGUUAUAGUGGAGCCUCAACCAAACCCAGCAAGCUCCAUAGGCAUCACUCUAUGACCUGGUGCCAUCCAUCUCAACAGCAGCAGCAGCAACCUCUGCUGUACAGCUCCAGCAAACGCACCCGAGCACGAGCCCGUGAGACUGCAUCACCUUCCAGAAGUAACCAUGACAGAGAAUUACAGCCUGGGCCAGCUGUUCCUCCUGGGGGUUUUAUGCCUGUUCCUCAAAGACAUGAACACCAUCAUCAUCAUGAGCAUCACCAUCACCACCAUCACCAUUACCACCCUACAUAAGAGUUCUGAAAACUCCUGAAUGACUGACCGAGUAGCAAACUCUCAUAAGCAGUGUUAUUUAUUUUUUUGUAAAAACAAACAUGCAGGUGGUUCAUCUGCCAAACACACAAAGCUGGAUUAUUUCAGCAAUAAAAGGGGCUGAACCACUUUUUUUCAAUGAUAUGAGAC